AUGAAACUAAUCGGAUUUCUACUGUGUUUAGUGGCGGUGAGCAGUGCAGGUGCCCCGAGUGCAGAUCAGGAGAAAAUUCGCACAGCUCUACCGUGGCUGUAUCUUCUGGCAUAUCCGGGAGUUGGGCCACUAGCUCCCAUCGUGAGACCGCAGGAUGAGAUAUUUACCACCGCAAACAGUGCGAUUAUGAAGCAGCCCCAGUCCGAUGAGGGGGUUAGCUCUCAGCAAUCCAGUAAUUUGGUACGCGAGCAGUUCCUUCAGGGAAUUCUACAGGGUUUACAGCAGCCAGGUGUUCCAGGUGCUGCGCCCACAAUUUCACCCGCUUUGCUGGCUGACUUCAUAGCUCAGGCCACUACCACCACCCAAAAACCGCCUGUGGAGAAAGAUAUCAACGCACCCGACAACGACGAGGACUACGACUAUAUAGACUUUAAGAAUGGAUCUCGCAUCAAAUACGAUUUGGAUGAUGUGGAGCAGCCGGUGAACAAAAUUCUACAGCAAACCACAAGACGCCCGGCUGUCAACCGACCCCACAGCGCCCCCAGUGUUCUCUACUAUAGACCCCCAUAUAGAUACGUUUAUUAUAGGCCUGUAUAUAGGCCUUCUUCGUAUUAUUAA